UCCUGGAUCACCUUGCGGUCGCUGGAAGGUGGAUGCUGAGCGGUUCCGACGAGUGGAAUGGAAUUUACGGCGGUUGGGCACAGCUCCUACGAAUGGCAGUGGAAACUUUCGCGAACAGUUAGCUGCCCGCAUGUCUGACUUCAGCCCAAGUAUUUGCUUUCCUUCUCCAUGGGCAACCUCUUGGAUCCUACGAUUCCCAUGAGAUCCCUCACCUUGCCAGCUAUGGAUCCUGGAAGGCUUCUGUGAUCAAGCCUCUGGAUUCCCUGUUCUGCUGAAACUUGAUCUCGCACCAUCUCUCCCUGGGUCCCUCCUCCUUAGGGAGGAGGGCUUGGACCGUGCAUCCGUGGACAUUUUUCUUACCAAACCUUCUGCGUUUCCAAAAAAAAUUAUUCGAGUGCAUGUUUCUCAUCGGAGUGGGGUCUUUUCCAUCUGGUCUGAGAUUGGUAAGGGGGGACCCCAUCUCACCUCCCGCCACAAUGGUCUGGUGCAUCUGCUUUCUCUCAGAGGAGGAGAAGAACGCCGUCGCCAUAGAUAAAGAAAUCAACCGGCUUCUGCAGGAGCAAAAGAAACGAGAUCGGUGGGAGCUGAAGUUGCUUUUACUUGGUACCGGAGAGAGUGGGAAAAGCACCUUCAUCAAACAGAUGAGAAUAAUCCAUGGCUUGGGCUAUACGGAGGAAGACCGCAAAGAAUUUGCCAAGGUGGUUUAUCAGAACAUCUUCAUGUCCAUCCAGGCUAUGGUCAAGGCUAUGGAGGUUCUCCAAAUCUCCUACUCCCAGCCGGAAAAUGCGCAAAAUGCUCAGCUGCUGAUGGCUGUAGAUACUUACAAAAUGAAGGAGAUGGAUGCGCGCCAUGCAAGGAUGAUCAAAAGCCUGUGGAGAGAUGGCGGGAUUCGAACCUGCUACCAGAGGCGAAGCGAGUACCAUUUGCUGGAUUCCACUUUAUACUUCCUGUCUAACCUGGACCGCAUUGCAGCGGCAGGGUACGUGCCAAGCCCCCAGGACAUCCUGAGGACGCGGGUGCCGACAACGGGCAUCAACGAGUACUGCUUUUCGGUGCAGAAGGUGAGGCUCAGGAUUGUCGAUGUAGGCGGACAGAGGUCGGAGCGUCGUAAAUGGAUCCACUGCUUCGAGAACGUGAUUGCCCUGAUCUACUUGGCUUCUCUCAGUGAAUAUGACCAAUCUCUGGAGGAGAACACAAGCGAAAACCGGAUGAGGGAGAGUCUCGACCUCUUCAGAACCAUCCUGGAGCUUCCGUGGUUCUGGAAUACUUCCAUCAUCCUUUUCCUCAACAAGGUGGACAUCCUGGAGGAGAAGAUCCUGAGCUCCGACCUGGCUGCUUAUUUCCCAAGUUUCCCAGGCCCUAAGCGAGACGCUCACGCGGCCAAGCACUUCAUCCUUGAAAUGUACAUGGACAUCUUCAGGAAGUUCUUGGUCCCUGGCGGCGACUUCGGAGGGGGUCCUUCCGGCGACGUCCACAGGCCACGGAUCCUUUACUUCCACUUCACCUGUGCCACGGACACGCAGAACAUUGGCACGGUUUUCGAGGACAUUAAGGACGCCGUCCUGGCCGCCUACCUUGAUGAGUUCAACCUGGUCUAGAAGGGUCUUGCGGACACUUCUAAAGGAUCUCAAUGACUCCACCCGUUUGCCUUAGGGGAGGCCUGGCAGAUGGAAUGUGAAACAGGCGGCUCUAAAGGCCCAUUUUAAAACGCUGGCAGGCACCGAGAUCUGUCCAGCAGCAUCACCCCUUGGGAAUCCCAGAGGUGGGGGGGUCAGACCUGGCUACUGCAGGCUGAGACCCGCUCCAUUCAAAAUGGAUUUCAAAACCCUGUGCUCUUUCGCCACCCUGCAUAGCUGUCAACCGUCCCUUAUUUGGCGGGAAAGUCCCUUAUCCCAGCGCCGUGUCCCGCUGCUGUCCCUUAUUGAUGAUGUCCC